CCAGGCAUCUAUGUGUGUGCCAAGUGUGGCUAUGAGCUGUUCUCCAGCCGGGCCAAGUACGAGCACUCGUCCCCAUGGCCAGCCUUCACUGAGACCCUCCACCAGGACAGCGUGGCCAAGCGUGAGGAGCGCCCAGGGGCUCUAAAGGUGACUUGUGGCAAGUGUGGCAAUGGGCUGGGCCAUGAGUUCCUCAAUGAUGGGCCCAAGCGGGGCCAGUCUCGCUUCUGAAUAUUCAGCAGCUCGCUGAAGUUCCUCCCCAAAGGUAACAUUGACAACAACCUGAAGGAGAAGUAA